AAAAGUGUUAUUCCUUUACUUAUAUCUGGACUCUCCAUGCAGUAAAGUUUUGUUAUGUUUAAACGUUGUUUGUGAUAAAUAUAAUAGCGUGCUUUAUAAAGGUUCAAGUCAAUUUGCUUUCUGAGUUAAGAAAAAAAUAAUUAAAUUUAUAUUCGGCAAAAAUUUAUAAGGAACUGACAAUAUCUUAUUUUAUUGGUGAUUACUGAUUCUUAAUUUAAGAUCUCCAUAAAUCGAAUUAAUGGCUACUGAUAAUGUAAAUAAUUUUGGAGUCCAGUUGGUAGAUGACGUUGAAAAAGAAAUUGAUAAAGAAGUAUCGGUUAAUGGUUCUAAAAACUUAGUUGAAAAUAAUAAUCCGGAUUCUUUUCAAGAGAUUUCUGUUGAAAAUCGAGUGAAAAGGAAAGCUAAACGACCGUCUAAACUUGUAGUUAGCGAAGAAAACAGCGUUGGUAAUGUUGUUAAUGUGAAUGGCUCAUAUUUAAGGUAUACUAAAAACAGUCGUAGAUCUAGGAAUGGUUUAGGACGUGGGCUUCCGAAGAAGGGUGGAGCUGGAGGUAAAGGUACUUGGGGUAAGCCUGGUAGUGAACUUAUGCUAGAAGUUGAAGAUAUAGUUUCUGAUAUUCAUGAUCCUAAUUAUGAUGAUGAGAAUCAGGAUGAUUGCGAAUUUGAGGCAAUAGCACCUGAACUAAGUUUUGAUGAUCUGGAAAAAACUGUGGAACCAAUUAUUUGUGAAUACUUUGAGCAUGGUGAUACAAAGGAAGUUAUAGCUUGUCUUGGUGAGUUGAAUUUUGGUAAGUUAAGAUCGCAGAUUGUGUGGUUCGCUAUUAAUCUUGCCAUGGAACGCAAGCCUUCAUUGCGAGAGAUGACAUCUGUUUUGCUUUCUGAUAUGUAUGGACAUAUUCUGCGUCUUGAAGAUAUAGCUGCUGGGUUCGAUAAUUUAUUACAAAGCCUCCCAGAUUUAAUUCUUGAUACACCAGAUGCAGCCACUGUUUUGGGAAAUUUUAUUGCUCGAGCUGUAGCUGAUGACUGCUUACCUCCAAAAUUUGUGCAAAGCUAUAAAGGAAAAGUUGAAUGUGUUCAUGCUAGAGCUGCAUUGGAGCAUGCUGAUGCUCUUUUGAGCAUGAAACAUGGUCUUGUCAGACUGGAUAAUGUUUGGGGAGUUGGAGGUGGAAUGAGACCCGUAAAAUAUUUAAUCAACCAGAUGCAUUUGCUUCUUAAAGAAUAUCUCUGCUCUGGUGAUAGUGAUGAAGCUUGUCGCUGUAUUCGGGAGUUGGAAGUCCCACAUUUUCAUCAUGAGCUUGUAUAUGAGGCCCUAAUAAUGGUGAUUGAAGAUAUGCGAGAUAGUUCAAUGGAUUUAAUGUGUAAACUCUUCCAAGUUUUAGCAUCCAGCAUGAUAGUUACUCCUGAUCAAAUGACAAGGGGCUUUCUUCGUGUAUAUGGUGAAAUGCCAGAUAUUGUUAUUGAUGUCCCUCCAGCAUAUACUGUGUUAGAAAAAUUUGUGAAUAGUUGCCAUGCUGCUGGAUUUCUGUUGGAUGAUGUUGUUAAGAAGAUGCCUUCUCGAGGACGCAAACGCUUUGUAUCUGAAGGAGAUGGAGGACUGGUAAAGACGCAUUGAAAUGCCUUUUACAUUGUGUGCAAUGUUUUUCUUUUCAAAAUAUUCUAAAUCAUAAAUGAGGAAUGAACUUCAAAAUCUAUGUUUUUUUAGUUUUGUUUUUUUAAAAGACUACAAGUAUUAUUGUUUUCCAUUCUAAAGUUGAAAUUCCAUUAAUUGAAUGGAAAUAUUUUAUUUUUUGUAAAUCAUACUACAAUCUAUGUUUUUUCUUCCUUUGGUGAGAUGACUGUUAUUAUAUAUGUACUUAUAUGUAAUAAAAGAUUGUUAUAUUUUUAA